AUGGCGGUCGAAUACAUCCAAGAGAGAAUUGGCUACCAGUUUACCAAGACUGAGUCACUUUUCUUGGCUCUAAAGGCUGCCCAUCGGAGCGACUUGGACGGGUACUCAGACGAUGAUCACUGGUUCAAGAGCAAGAAAAAGCGAGCUCUUGUAUGCAAAGAACUGGGCAUAGACCAGUAUGUAGUUCAGAGUGUUCGACAGCAGCAGUAUCAAGCCCCUUCGACCGAGGUUCUAGCAACUGUUUUGAGCGCCAUAUUUGGCGCCCUUUGGCUCGAUUUGCAUACACAAAACGGCAAUUUCCCGAUCAUCGUGGAACAGACCUAUACGGUACUUCGCCGAAUGAGGACGGCUAUUGCACAUAUGGAAAGCACCGGAACACCCCUGACCCCAGAUCCCCUGACUCCACUCUCAAUCACCGUCGAGAUAAAACCCCCGCCUUCUCGACUGAUCAACGACAUACAAGAGAGCAGAUUUAUGCAAGAUUCUGGCAUGAUCAUGCCCAACGCAACGCCGCAUCAGGUUCAAGCUCACUCGGCGUACGAGCAGCUCCAAUCACACGAUAAUGCGCCUAUCAAUUUCGUAACUGAUUUUGGUUUUUUCGACUUCGACUCAGGCGUCAUUGGAGACAUAUGGGAUUGUAUAGGCCUCCCUAACAUGGAAGAAGUCGCUGGUGCCCAAGAGACCGGUCCUCGAGUUGCGAACGAAGAAGUAGAGGCUGCAAAGCAAGGCUCUAUCGACAAUAACGUCAACACACAGCCAAUCACUAAAGGCAGAAAGAGGAAAGAUCGCAGCGAGCAAGAUGACAAAUACGAAGAGACCACGCUGCACGAACGUCUCAUGCAAGAAGAGCUAGAGAAGUCAAAACAUUGCCCCUCUCAUCAUUCCAGCGACCUGGUAAUUCUUCUCGACAAUGCUGAAAUCGAAAAAAUCGACCCAGAAGCCCCCGGGCAUGUAGCGCGAUUACGGCUGCUCUAUUUGACUAUCGGCAGUUGCCAGUCACUGAUCGGCUUCAAAGAGAUACUUGACACAGCGCGAAAUCUACCAAGUACGCAUUCCAAUCCUCCUGGAUCCAACAUUGGUCCUCAGGAGCGAUACGCAGAGAUCUGUCGACUUGGAAAACAGGAAGCUCUGUGUGUCCUCCUGAAGCGGUAUCAUAUCGUUCAGCUAUUCAAGACGACUCAAGCUGGUCUUUUGCAGGACAGCGGGCUCAUUGUGGAGACACCGUCAACGCGCUUGUCAGGGCAACGAGCCAUGCCGGGCAACCCUUUUAACAGGGCUCAAGCCAACCUGACCGAAGAAGUGUUAGCGACGAUACUGCCUGGACUGCCAAACGGAUCGCCAAUUUAUCAGAAAAUUCGCAAACAUGUCUCACACUUACGGAGGCUAGCUAACAUAUUGACGAUUUGGACGGAUGCGUACGGCUUUGGAGUUCUUGCAUUACUCACACCGGGCCCUAUUCAACCUGAUUUCCAUGUCACCGAUUACAUGCAAGUAUUGAGUGUUAACCUGGAAAUCAAAUGA